AUGUUGUAUUAUAUCCAUACGCUGUCACGACUCAACAAAGUACGUCUGUAUAUUUUAGAUUAUUCUCGCCUGUGUUGCCGCCGUGCCUUCGCCGCCCCUCAGUACAGCUCCAGCGAAGAGGCCGAGUUUGUGCCAAUCCUUAAGGACGACCGCGUCCAAGAGGAUGACGGAACAUACAGCUUCGACUUCGAAACCGGCAACGGCAUCAGCUUCUCCCAGGCUGGAUCCCCCGACGGUGAUGAGGACGCAGUGAUCAAGGCCGGAGAAUACUCCUACACCGCUCCUGACGGCACUGAAAUCCAUCUCCGCUUCGUGGCUGACGACAACGGCUUCCAGCCCGAGGGCGACCACCUGCCCGUGGCUCCCGAGUUCCCCCACCCAAUCCCUCAGUUCGUCCUCGACCAGAUUACUAGCAAUCUUGUUGAUAUUGUCGUCAACAGCCUUAUAAAUCUGGACGAGGAAAAACAUGGGGAUUUUGAUUUUAAAUCGACACGCGGCGAACGUUAUAUGAACGCCAGUGCCAUUAUGCGCAGUGUUAUUAGAACAGUGUAA